AUGAGGACUUGUACUGUUAUACUGCCAGAAGGAAACCAAGCUGAAGGGAGCCAAGCUGAGAGAAGCCAAGCUGCUUUGAGCCAAGCUACUGUGAACCAAGGUGGAGGUAGCCAAAAUGAUGUUAGCCAAGGUGGAGGGAGUCAAGCUAUUGUGAAAGGAGGCUCUUGCUUUGAACAGCUUCAAGGUUCAACCAUUGGUUCACCAUCAACUACUAGCAAUAUCUUCGUAAUUCGUACUCGAAGAGAUAAAUUACCAUUCAGGAGGAGUAAAUCAACAAGCACCCAUACUUGA